ACGUCUUGUAACGAAUUGAUACUGGGUGACUACGAUAAUAUUAUUAUAGUCUAUACUAUCUAUCGUGAUACUAUAAUCAUAAUAUUAUAGUAAAAUAAUAAUAGUAUAUUAUAUCGUAUAUUUUUUUUGUUGGAAUUUUAAUCAUUUUUAAUUUAGUUCGCUUAUUAAUUUUGCUAUGGAUAGAGUGCUUGUUUUAUUCGAAUUUAUACUGUGCAAUUGACCGGCACGAUGGAAAGUAAAAAAUCAGGAACGGGAAUGCGAUGUUCGGUCAAGUUUUGCAACAAUAGAGCUUGCGAUAAAAAGCGAAGUUUCUUCAGGUAUCCAAUAAAAGAACCUGAACGUUGUAAAGUUUGGAUGAAAAACUGCCAGACCGAACACCUGGCCGAGCAGCUUGUGGACAGUCACAAAGUAUGUGCGGAUCACUUUGAAAAAAAAAUGUUCUUAAACGCUUCGGUAAAAAACAGAUUAGUCUUCAACGCCGUGCCGACAGUGUUUAACGAUGACAUAAUAAACCAAAGAAAACAACACAAUGAAUCUAUUAAAUUGGAACCAAUAGAUCCCGACGUGUCCAUUGCUAGUGACGAGAGCUGUGGUCAAAUGGUGAAAGAAGAACCUAAAGACGAUGAAUACAUUUUGAUUCCCAUCCCAGAAACUUCGACUUCCAUUGGUAUAAUGGCUUAUGAUUAUCAGAGUUUACCGGCUACAACUUCUGAUGCUUCAGAUCAAAAAACGGAGACCUUACCAGUAAGUACUCUAGACGAAGAGGAAUUGACAACAAAGAUUGCCACACUAAAUGAAGAAAAGAAAAAUUUGGAGCAGACCAUUGUGCGUUUAAAUCAGCAAUUGGCAAACAUAGACUCUGUAGAUAAUUAUUUGAAAUUAAGUGAAAAGUAUUUAUCACCCGAAUUAUUUAAUAUAGUUAAGUAUUAUGUAAUGUUUAAACAUAAAAAUUAAUUUAAAUAAAUAUUUGAGUUAACUCAAAAUAUGUCCUUAAUGUAACAAA